AUGGAUGACACUAAUGAGCUCGACUUUGAACGUGAAGUCCAGGUCCUUCGUGCACACCGAAGGCUCUCCACGAGUCAUCCAGCCGCUAUUGACCCAGACUUUCCAUCUGUUCAGUCGCCGCAUGACUCGGCGUCCUUGAGUGCUAUGAAUAUGCUUGAACGUCCGUCGACGUCAUUGUCCAGCGGUGUGAGCGCCAUAUCGCCACCAUUAACGCCGAAAAAUCAGUCGCGUUCGUUUGACGAGAAACUCUUGUCGGAAUGCUCUCCCAUAUUCGGCUCUUCAAACCGCGAAAGAUACCUGGCACGUCGACAAAUGCGUCAUGCACAGGCGGCCUCAGCACCAAGAACGCCUGAAGAGUCGUGGCUGGGAUCGACGCCAUCGUCGUCCUCAGCUUCUCAUACGCCGCACCCACUUCCCACACCACCGUUACAACCUUCCAUCACAUCAAUGUCUCAUGCGAAUGAAAUGUGGAUACCAGCAUCGAAGCACUCAGAAGUGAGUGCUGACGAGUUUCGUACAUUUCUCAAAGAGCAGGCGGCUCGGAACGUGAGUCAUUAUUCUCCUUGGUCAACGGUAUCUUCCUCUUCUUCCCCAUCUGGCUCCCCAUCGCGACAAGUACCACUUGCUACAUCACUUGCGCGGCGCUCCAGCUCUCUCCGGCGGCAGGUCAGACAGGAGGAUCGGGCACCUGCUAGUAAUAGCGGCGCUGGAACCGUGCACCAUAAACGAUCAUUUUCCAACACGGAAUCACCGCUAGAGCAUGAGCACGGUCAUGAGCACGGCCAGACAAUCAUACGUACGGAGUCUUUGCCCUCACGAUACAGUCGUGAAUUUACCUCGCGAUCGCAUCGCAAACCACCGCCUUCUCUUGCACCGGUUGAUCGGGCGGAGCUUACUGGUCAAGCACCUAACAAACUGUCUUCUUCUCAUUCAUCUUCUUUGCCAGCACCGAUGCCGGUGUCUUUACCCGCUUCUCAUACAGCUGAAAUAAGUCGAGCGCAAGACUCUGCCGAUCAUGAAAAGACACUGCAUGCGAUGCGUGCACUUUUGCCACAGAAAGGGGACCUACCAGAGCUUCCACCGGAUGCCACUGCUCAAGUACCGUCUCAUACUCAGUCAGCGCAAGCAGGACUUUUUGGUCAUUCUGUUUCGAUGCCAUCAUUGGACCUAGCUCAGACUCCCCUGAUCCCGCAUCCGCCACAACACCAACUUCAGCUUCAUGCACCCACGUUGGCACAGGCUCAAGCAAGCCCGUUGUCGACGUUAGCAUCAACUGGGACAGGGGCUCAGUUGAUACCCCCACCACCUCCGCCACGAAGACAACCAUCGGACGCGCCGGACAUGAUCAGAUCCGCUUCAGGACGUGGACGCUUCGAAGAGGUGGGUCGAAGCACAACGAACGAGCUCGACAAGGCUUUGGCAGUUUCAGCGUCAUCAAGUCGGCAAAGUGAUGAAAAAAACACGCGGUUCAACCGCAAGUCUGACGAGAUGUCGCGUUUGUCAUUACCGUCGUUACGGGAUCGCAAGACGUUCGGUCUCUCUUGGUUCGGCUUGUCAAAAGAUGAUGACGAGUCACGGGUACGAAGAAAAGAGAAAGAAGCAAAGGAAGAUUGUGCAUCAAGUGCGCCGACGACGACGUCUUCAUCUUCUUCUCGCCGCGAGAAAGACACGUUUUUGACCGGUCUUUUUAGCAAGCGCAAAGGGCAGGAAUCGUAUGAUGCACUUCGGAACCGCGCUCGCAACUUAUUCACGUCGUCAUCGUCGUCAUCUGCAUCUUCUGCUUCAGGACAAGGAGCCGCAUCAUCGCCAUCGUCUCCAGGGUCGGGCACCGGUAUUCAACCAGGUGCAGCCGAGUUUGCGAUUGUGAAGCGAUACCCUCCUCCAGUGGAACGCGCAUUAUACCGGCUGUCGCAUGUGAAACUAUCGAAUCCACGCCGUCCACUGUACCAACAAGUGAUUGUAUCCAACUUUAUGUUCUGGUAUUUGUCGAUCAUCAACUCAGCACAGGCACGGCCUGAACGUCCAAGCUCGACAGUGAAUGGAAAUCGAGGCGAUGGGCUCAGUGAAUAUGAUGAACGGAAUAAGCUUUAUAAACAAGGCACAGGACCCCGCUCCCCUCACACUGGCACGUUCUUAUUCACGCUACCAACAAAAUCAGUAUCUUCGCCCAUGUACGUGCCUGGUGCAUUGGUCGCUUCGCCCUGGAUUCCGCCAGCCCCUCAAACUGUUUGGUCAUUGGCACCUUUGACUGAGCCGCCUUUGUAUGGCGGAGUGCACACAGCGCCGAUGACGCCACCUCCCACAACAAAAGACGACCAGUUUCUACCAAACGUAUAUUCGUCGACAGCGCUCGCGCAAGAAUCUUUGCUCCCCGUCUCUGACAUGUACAUGACGUCUCCUACAUCGACUAGGAGUGGUGGCAUGCCCCGUUCUGCACGUGGGCCGUUACCAAGCGUUCCUUCCACACCGCCACCCGUGCCUGCCUCGGGAGCAGGAACAUCAGCCCCCAAACCACCACCUCGAUCAGCCCGACGAAUCGCGCACUUGGAGCGCAUUUCGAAUCAUGCCCAGGAAGUGGCGCCUUCUGCGCAACACGGAUUACGUCACGCACGGAGCUCGCCAAGUUUAAGCAAGUCGGCCAGGGUCUCCUCGCAUCCACUUCCUUUACCCCCACUACCCGUUCCCCUUCCUCUCAAAAAUACGCAUGCUCUUUGA